CCCAAGCAAACAAAACAAAUGUAAAACCCGUGUUUUCCCUUUUAGAGGUGGGUGUAUUUCAAGACAUAUUUGUUUAAAUGUUGCUUGAACGUGCCUCAUUUGGCCGGGUAACGCCAUGUCGAGGAAGGACUAGCGAUGUUGCCAAUCAAAAGGGAUACGAACUGGAAAAGUAUUAACUAUAAAGUAAGUUUAUUACUUAAAACACUGCUACAAAGAUGGAACUUCGCAGAUUGAAGAAGCACUUGUGUAAACUAGUGUGUAGACCAGUGUUGCAUUGUAGCCUAAACUGCCCUGCAGACGGACGCACCUGGGUACCAUUUGGAGGCAGAUGUUACUACUUUGUCCAUGGAGAAGAAGACACAAUCAAAAGCUACACUUUUGAAAGAGCCAAAACACUCUGCCAAGGAUUUGAGCUUUUGACCAUCCAGAGCGCUGAGGAGAAUGACUUUGUCAUUAAAUAUAGCCCAGCAGUGUGGAAAAACAAUGUCAACGUGUGGCUGGGAAUGUAUUAUGACACAAACAGUGACGACAUGAGGUGGUUUGGUGAGCAACCUGUAGGAUUCAGUAACUGGGAAGACAUCUUUUCUUCAUCAGACCUCGUGCCCUUGGAUACAUGUGUGGCUCUGCACAGCAACACAGGAAAGUGGGAAAAUGUCAGCUGCCUGGAACAGGCGGAGAAUGGAGUGGUCUGUGAGACAAAUCAAAAGGCAGAGGAAGCCAAGCAGAAACCCAGCGCACUGCUGUCCGCCCUGGUCAUUCUCAGCGUGAUGGCUAUCAUGGGAGUCUCAGCAGUCAUCUGGUUCCUGCAACAUAAGUACAAAGUUGGCUCCACUUUCCUCACAGCAUUCGAGUACCACCCCCCGUUCCGAGUCCUGGACACAGACAGGUCCUGUCUGGUGGAGGCUGAGGAGACUGACAGCGUGCCAUAGGAGAACCUUCCCUCUGUUCCACACAGGAAGCACCAGGCCCUCCUCACUGGGUCUGUGUUCAUGCAUUGAGAAAACAGUUACUGAAGCAGUUUUGGGGUAACACGUUACACACAUGACUCAAAUAAUAUAUAAACUGACGUCAGGCUUACUCUAAUACCACUGUUGCACAUUAACGUCACACUGCUUCUGCUUUUCUUUCAUCAUCUGCACUAAUGAACAAUCAUCUGUACAUUUUUCAGAUUGGUCUAAAAGCAACUUUGCAGUGUCAUGUGUAACAUUAUCCGUCACUACACAUUCCUUGAUAACCUUUGGUAUCAUUAUUUCUCUCGCAUAUUAAAACUAACUAACUAUUGCUCAUGGAAGGGAUUAAAUAAAGAGCAAAGCUUUCAUACUUUUGUGAGCAGACAGAAAUGCUCAAUGAUUUAGUAUUGCAUUGCCAUAAAACAUGAGGGAUUAAAAAAUGGAAGAUUGAAAUAAGAAUGGGCAAGUGAUGCAGCAGAGAGUGAGACACACUGAUGUUUAGUCCCUAGUGUGCAUCAAGCUCCAAAAAUGCUGAAUUCUACAUUUCAAAUAAUACAACCAAUCGCGUGCUCCCAUUAGACUCUGACUGCCUGGUAAAUGCUCAUUUCUUUUAAACCAGUGGAGUCCCUUUUAAGCAGUAUUCAAAGAAAAAAGGAAUUCUCAAUCACAGGCUAGCAAGGGCACAUGUAAAUAGCUUGAACCGAACAGAAACCCAGCUUGAGUUUGAGCAAUUGCCUUGUUAUUUCACUCAUGUAAAUGUAAAAUAUCAUUUUGAAAUGGAAAGCUGUCCUAAACCAAUACUGCUAGAGAAUGUCCUGACAUGUUUCCUUGCAUUAUGUCCUGGGCUUCAGUUAUUUUUGUGGCAAGGUAUGAGACUUUUUAAACUAUAACCAGGAAUGCAACAUUUUAUUAGAAAUCAUAACACUGAUGAAACUGUCUGCAUUCAUCCCAGGAUAUUUUUAAGGUGGCUUUUAUGACAAUGAUCUACAUUCACAGUUUUCCCAUCAUUUAUUUACUCAUCAAAAGAGUUUCCUUGCUGCCCCAUGAAAUGAAAUCCAAUCUCGACCUUAUCAUUUUUUGGAGAGUGGUCAAGAUUUAGGUGUUGGAAAUAAGUUCUCGUGUGGCAGUAAAGAAAAUCGAAACGGCUAAGUGGUGGGUGUAGUUUAGAAUUAUGACAAGAUAUUUAUAUUACAUUGGGUAAAAUACCCCUCUUUAUACUUACACUUUUAACAGAAUACAUGCUUUUGUGCAAUAUUUGAGAUUAAUUUGGCAGGAUUUGAGCCCCUGUGUAUUUUUCAUAAUAAAGUGUGUUUA